UAGCAUGGAGAAACCAUCGCAAACUAUUGUGCGUACGACGGCAAUACCAACCCCCUACCCACGCCACGGAGGCGUAGGGGUUGGUUGCACGUCGUCACGAUAUUGAGACACAAAUGUGCAGUUGUCACUCUUUUUGUGUUGAUUCGACAGCGAACCUGUCUGCAGCGAGGUUUGUUUUUGGUUUCUUUUAGCACGCCGGCCCGAAAGGAUCCAAUAACUGCCACUGGUGAUGGCGAGCCAUUUUUCCACCAUCUUUGCGGGAAAAGCAACCAAGUCAAUCCGGAUACGUAAGAAGAGAGGCUAAAGUUUGUUUGCUUCUUUUUUCGAAUUCCAUCUCCCCAUCUUGUUCUAGACUGUGUGUUUUGAUUCCUACAACUCGCGUAUAUAAUCGCCAAGCUGCAGCCUGUUGGAGGAACAUUGGGGCCUGUUUCUUCCAACAACAAACAAAGCAAACGGAAAUUCACAGUCUCUCAUUUACGGCCUUGUUCUCUUGCUUACUGUGAACAUCCGACCUUUCCAACUCUCGGCAAAGAAAACAAUACACAUUUCCAAAAAUGAAGACCACUCAGAUCCUCGCCGUUUUUGGCUUCGCCUCCGUGGCCCUUGCCCAGUCGUCUGUCUCGACGACCCAUAUUCCUGCCUGCAACACCGCCAUUGACCCAAGCUGCCACGCCACCAGCGCCCUCACAGGCACCUCCGCCAGCGCGAGCGCGACGGGCACGUCCGCCCAGACGUCCGCCAGCGGCAGCGCCAGCGGCUCCAAGACCGCAUCGGGCUCCUCCUCCGCCGCCACGGGCUCCACCAGCGCUGGAACCGGAACCGGCACCACGUUCCGCUCGCCCGGCCAGACCCCUGGUGCUGCCGCGCCCUCUGCCAACACCGGUGCCGCUGCCACCGCCACCGCCAUCGUCUCGGUGACCACCACGGCGCCUGCCAACACCCGCGGCGGUGCUGGUGCUGGCGGCGCCGCCGGCGGCCCGACCACCACCGUGACGCAGCCCGGCCACUCCAACGCUGGCGCACGCCUCGGUCUCGGCGUCGCUGCUGUGGUUGCUGGUGCUCUCUUUGUUCUGUAGAGUUUUGUGUUUUCCUUGGAAUCUUCUGAUGGGAUGAGCGGAAAAUACAAAAAAGGGGGGGCCUUGGGAGGGAUCUUAUGACUGUAUGCGAUAUACCUGAUUUGGGAAUUUAUAUGGAUAAAGGUGGGGGGAUGGGUUAUGCAGGUCUACGUUCGACAGACCACUUGUACAUUUUUUAAUAUCAAAUCAUGGCGUCAAUUACUAUGAACUUGACG